UUAGCGGCCGGUGUUUGUUGACAGCAACGCCGCUUAUCGUUACACUACAGGGACUGUGUCAAAGUGUUGCGGGGGAAAUGGCAUCGCCUAACUCAUACAAACUCAGGUGCUCCAUCCCGGGCCACGAAAUGGACGUUAGGGGACUCGCAGCUGCUGUUUUUCCAGAGGGAGCUUUUGUGUCAGUGUCGAGGGAUCGAACCGGAAGAGUCUGGGUACCUAACUCAAGCCCUGACAGAGGCUUCACAGAGAUGCACUGUAUGUCAGGCCACUCGAAUUUUGUAUCCUGUGUAUGCAUAAUCGCACCAAGUGAGACGUAUCCUCGAGGACUUAUUGCCACUGGUGGGAAUGAUAAUAACAUUUGUGUUUUCACACUGGACCAACCUCAGCCCCUUUAUACGCUCAAGGGUCACAAAAAUACAGUUUGUACUCUCUCUUCUGGAAAGUUUGGGACACUUUUAAGCGGCUCCUGGGACACUACAGCCAAAGUCUGGCUUAAUGAGAAGUGCAUGAUGACUUUAGAGGGCCACUCUGCAGCAGUGUGGGCAGUGGUCAUCUUACCUGAACAAGGCCUUAUGCUAUCUGGAUCAGCAGACAAGACCAUCAAAUUAUGGAAGGCUGGUCGAUGCGAGAAGACGUUUUUAGGUCACGAAGACUGCGUAAGAGGUUUAGCAGUGAUAAGCUGCACCGAGUUCUUCUCCUGCAGCAAUGACACGAGUAUCAGAAGGUGGCUGGUGACAGGCGAGUGUGUUCAGGUUUAUUACAGCCAUACCAACUACAUCUACAGUCUGGCUGUGUUCCCCAAUUGCCAAGAUUUCAUAAGCACGGGAGAGGACCGGACUUUGAGAAUAUGGAAGAAAGGAGAGUGCACUCAGACCAUCCGCCUGCCUGCUCAGUCUGUCUGGUGCUGCUGUAUUCUUCCUAAUGGUGAUAUAGUCGUUGGAGCAAGUGAUGGUAUUAUCCGUGUGUUUACGGAAGCUGAGGACCGCAUGGCAAGUGCAGAAGACCUGCAGGCCUUUGAGGAUGAACUCUCCAAAGCCACUAUUGACCCAAAGACAGGUGACCUUGGAGACAUCAAACUGGAGGACCUUCCUGGAAGAGAACAUCUUAAUGAGCCUGGGAAUCGUGAUGGACAGACACGGCUGAUCAAAGAUGGCCAGAAGGUGGAGGCAUAUCAGUGGAGUGUCAACGAUGGCCGCUGGAUGAAAAUUGGAGAUGUUGUCGGAGGCUCCAACCAGCAGACCUCCAAAAGCGUAAUGUAUGAAGGCAAGGAAUAUGACUACGUCUUCUCCAUCGAUGUGAAUGAGGGAGGGCCGACCCUGAAACUGCCUUACAACGUGUCAGAGGACCCCUGGCUCACAGCACACAACUUUUUAGAGAAAAAUGACAUCAGUCCCAUGUUUCUUGACCAAGUUGCCAAUUUUAUCAUUGAAAACACUAAAGGACACGUGGUGGGACCGGCCCAGCCUGCUGAUGGUGACCCAUUCACUGGCGGAGCUCGCUAUAUCCCCGGGUCUUCUGAUGAGAGGUCGGCCUUUGGGGCAGAUCCCUUCACAGGGUCUGGUCGCUACAUCCCGGGAUCCGGUCCAAACCCAAGUGCUCCAACAGGUGUAGCAGAUCCCUUCACAGGAGGAGGUGCCUACUCUUCAGCCGCCCUCAGACAGAACACUACCAACAUCUACUUUCCCAAGACUGAUGGUGUUACCUUUGAGCAAGCCAAUGCAACACAGAUCUUUGCCAAGCUGAAGGAGCUGAAUGGCGGCGCCCCUCCAGAGCACAAGCUCUCUGAAGAAAUCCUAGAAAGCCUUGAGAGGCUGCUGACAUCUGUGUGUGAGAUGGGAUCUUCCAAGUCUCCCCCAACCAUCCAACAGAUCAACCUUCUCUGGAAGGCCUCUCACUGGCCAGAAGACAUCGUUUUUCCUGUCUUGGACAUUAUGAGGCUAGCUGUGAGACACCCGCAGGUUAACGAGACUCUCUGUGGCGAGGCAGAGGGAGUCCAGCUGUGCAACCACCUGCUGAGUCUGAUGAGGCCCGAGGGGCGCCCCGCUAACCAGAUGUUAGCUCUGCGGACUCUGUGUAACUGCUUUAGUGGCAGGCAUGGUCGAGCUCUCCUCAUGGCCCAGCGUGAAACGGUGCUAUCACGUGCUGCUGACUUGGCUUCCGUCUGCAAUAAGAACAUCCACAUUGCUCUGGCAACUCUGGUGCUUAACUACGCUGGCUGCCUGCACAGCCAACCUGAUCUCGAGGCCAAGGCCCAGUGCCUGUCUGUGGCCAGCAGAGCUCUGGAGACCGUUCAAGACAAGGAGGCUGUUUUUAGGCUGCUGGUGGCCUUAGGAACCACUGUGGCCUCAGACCAGACAGCCAAGGACCUGGCUCUCUCUCUGGGGGUCAAUUCUCAGAUUUCCAAGUACUCAUCAGUGUCUGAUCCAUCUAAGGUGGGCGAGUGCUGCCAGCUGGUUUUAAAAGAACUACAAUAAUGUGAAUAAUUAGACAAAAGAGCACUUGUUUCACACUAUUACUCUGGCCUGUUUAAAAAGUUGUGGUGGAGCAUUAAAUACUUGUCUGUUCUGCAAUAAAAAUGA